CAGGCUUUGUCACAAAGAGAGAACGAAAAGACAGAGGAGCCGUCCGUUUUAUGCAGCAGAUCUGACGCAGUAUUAAGUUAUAUUUUACAGUACUUGUAAAAUUCAGGGCUGGGCUGUUUGUAUCGGAUCCAUGUUGCAAUUUCUUUUUGGAAAAAUGCGUGUACCAAAGAGGAUGUCUAUUGUUUCAUAUCUGGUGCUUGCUAUACUGGAGUGUUUCUGGGAAGCGGAGUCUGUGCAGCUCUCCUAUUCUGUGUUAGAGGAAGUGAAUCCGGGGACCUCUGUUGGAAAUAUCGCAAAGGAUCUAAACCUCAGCCUUCAGGAUUUGGAAUCUCGUAUGUUUCAAAUUGUUAGUGGCUCAGAGAGAAAAUAUUUCGAGGUAAACGUAAAGACUGGUGGGCUCUACGUUAAUGAAAGGAUAGACAGAGAGGAGCUCUGUGCAAAGGAAACUAAAUGCACAGUCAGUGUGGAAGCAGUGAUAAACAAUCCUUUGAAGCUGUAUCGCUUAGAAAUCAAUAUACUAGAUGUGAACGACAACGACCCGGUGUUCACCGAAAAAUCUCAAACUGUAGACAUAGCAGAGAAUACACUGCCUGGCAUGAAAUUCGCUUUGUCUGAGGCUGUCGAUGCAGAUGUAGGUAAGAAUACGGUUAAUGCAUUUAAAUUAACACCAAAUGAAUAUUUUACUCUCGCGACAGUUAAAGGAGGAGAAAGUGUGUCUGCCGAGUUGGUGUUACAAAAGUCACUGGAUCGAGAAAAGCAGGCUGUUAUACAUCUUACCGUGACUGCUAUAGAUGGAGGGACUCCACCGAGAUCUGGCACGUCACGGGUCAUUAUACAAGUUUUAGACAUAAAUGACAACCCUCCAGUGUUUAGUAGUCCGUUGUACAAAACUCGAAUAUCUGAAAAUACGCCAACUGGGAGGACUGUGAUCACACUAAAUGCAUCCGACGCAGACGAGGGGACAAAUGGUGAUAUAGUGUAUUCCCUAAGAAGUAAAGGGCAAGAUCGUAUAUUAGAGCUUUUUCAUAUUGAUCCAGAAACUGGUGUGAUAAUGGUUAAAGCAAAUAUUGAUUUUGAGGAAAGUAAAGCCUUUGAGAUCCGCGCAGAAGCAAACGAUAAAGCUCAGCCACCGAUGUCUGCUCACUGUAAAGUGCUAGUAGAAGUAAUUGAUGAGAAUGACCAUGCACCUGAGAUCACAGUGAAGUCACUGUUAAAAACAGUGCAAGAGGAUGCUGACGUAGGUACUGCUAUUGCACUAGUGUCACUUGUUGACAAGGAUGGCGGCAAAAACGGCGAAAUGGAGUGUAAAAUAUUAAAUAAAGUUCCCUUUACACUACAGACAAAUUACAAAAACUAUUACUCUUUAGUUGUUGAUGGGACGCUUGACAGAGAAAUUACUUCCAAAUAUAAUGUCACCAUAUUAGCUACAGAUGAAGGGAUUCCUCCUCUCUCCAGCACUAGUGUUAUUACCGUUCACAUUUCAGAUGUGAACGAUAACUCGCCUCACUUCUCCGAACCUGUGGUUAAUGUUUAUGUGAGAGAAAACAGUGACGUUGGGUUAAUAAUUAAAACGGUGUCUGCGUCUGAUGCUGACACUGAUGAGAAUGGCCAGGUGAGAUAUUCAUUUGUAGACAAAAACAGACAUGUAGUACCAGUGUCUGCAAUGGUGACUAUCAACUCAGAGACAGGAGACAUAGUCAGCCUGCAGUCUUUUAACUAUGAGCAGAUGAAAACCUUUCAGUUUAAAGUCCAGGCCACAGACUCUGGUGUUCCUCCGCUCAGCACCAACGUGACUGUCAACGUUUUCAUCCUGGAUGACAAUGACAACAGUCCCUCGAUUCUCGCGCCCUAUUCUGAGCACGGCUCCGUUAACACUGAGAGCAUCCCCUAUUCUGCUGAAGCGGGAUACUUUGUGGCAAAGAUCAGGGCUGUAGACGCUGACUCGGGAUACAAUGCGCUGCUUUCUUAUCACCUCUCUGAGCCCAAAGGAAACAACCUCUUCCGGAUCGGAACCAGCACCGGGGAAAUCAGGACUAAGAGGAGGAUGAGUGACAACGACCUGAAAACUCACCCCUUGGUGGUGCUGGUCUCUGAUAACGGAGAACCCUCCCUGUCAGCUACUGUGUCUAUUGAUGUCACGGUGGUUGAAAGCUCAGCUGACAUCCAGACUCAGUUCAGACAUGUACCCAUAAAGGAGGACAGCUUCUCGGAUCUAAACCUGUACCUGCUGAUUGCCAUCGUGUCGGUGUCAGUCAUCUUCCUACUGAGCCUCAUCAGUUUAAUAGCUGUGAAAUGUCACAGGACAGACGGCAGUUUCAGCAGGUACAGCGCCCCCAUGAUCACCACCCACCCUGACGGGAGCUGGUCUUACUCUAAAUCUACUCAGCAGUAUGACGUCUGCUUCAGCUCAGACACGCUCAAGAGUGACGUGGACAAAGGGACAGUAGUGGGGAAUCUCGUUAAGGAUUUAAACAUCCACGCACAGCAACUGGAGGAACGAGAAUUUCGGAUUGUAUCAGGAUACAGUAAGAAAUAUUUUGAAGCAAAUUUAAGAACAGGAGCUUUGUUUGUUAACGAAAGGAUAGACCGGGAAGAGCUUUGUCCAAAUUUACCGAAGUGUUCCUUAAAUAUAGAGGGACUAUUGAGCCAUCCUAUGAAUGUUUAUAGAAUCGAAGUGAAUAUUCUCGACAUUAAUGAUAAUUCACCAUCAUUUCUGGAACAAACCCAUGAGUUCAAUAUCUCUGAGUCUUCGUCAACAGGGGAGAGGUAUCCGCUCCCAUUAGCUCAUGAUGCAGACACGGGAGGUAAUUCAGUGAAAACCUACAAAUUAAGUCCGAACGAACAUUUCUCCAUAGACGUGAGCAGCGGAGGAGACAGUGCGUCUGCUGAGUUAGUGCUGCACAAAGCUUUAGACCGAGAGAAACAAGUCACUAUUAAACUAACACUAACUGCUGUAGACGGAGGAAAACCUGCAAGAUCUGGCACGAUGCAGAUUCUUGUGAAUGUAAUAGAUGUUAAUGAUAACACGCCGUCGUUUAGCAAGUCGCUUUAUAAAGUAAGUGUCAGGGAAGAUGUAGCCAUAGAUACGACAAUACUGAGACUAAAUGCAACCGAUUUAGACGAAGGGUCAAACUCGGACAUCAAAUAUUAUUUGAUGAAGAGAGGAAACAACAACUCUCCUGAUAAAUUCAUUGUUGUUCCUCAAAGCGGUGAAAUUGCUCUGAAAGAUAAUUUAGAUUAUGAAGAAAACAAUGCAUAUGAAUUACGAGUACAGGCAAGAGAUCAAGGCUCUUCCCCUCGAAGUGGUUACUCUAAAGUGCUGGUGGAGGUCGUCGAUGUCAAUGACAAUGCACCAGAGAUCUCUAUAACUUCACUAAUGAGUCCAGUUAAGGAAAACGCUGAAAUUGGAACAGUUGUUGCACUAGUGACUGUGACUGAUAAAGAUGGAGGACAAAAUGGUCAAACUACUUGCAAAAUUAAAGACUCAACCCCCUUUAAAUUAACAUCAAAUUACAAAAACUAUUACUCUGUCAUUGUUGACGGUCUCCUUGACAGAGAGUCGGUAUCAGAUUACAACAUUACCAUUUCUGCUAUCGAUGAAGGUAGCCCGCCUCUAUCUAGCACUGCUUUCAUAACUGUGCACAUUUCAGAUAUUAAUGACAACGUGCCCCGUUUCGCAGAAGCCAGUAUAAAUGUUUACGUAAAAGAGAACAGUAAAGUGGGAGAUAUUAUCACAAGAUCAACUGCCCAGGAUGCAGACACAAAUGAAAAUGCUAAAGUGACUUACACAUUGUUAGACAGUUCUACUAAAGAUAUUCCGAUUUCCUCAGUUGUGAACAUCAACUCAGAGACAGGAGACAUAGUCAGUCUGCAGUCUUUUAACUAUGAGCAGAUGAAAACCUUUCAGUUUAAAGUCCAGGCCACAGACUCUGGUGUUCCUCCGCUCAGCACCAACGUGACUGUCAACGUUUUCAUCCUGGAUGACAAUGACAACAGUCCCUCGAUUCUCGCGCCCUAUUCUGAGCACGGCUCCGUUAACACUGAGAGCAUCCCCUAUUCUGCUGAAGCGGGAUACUUUGUGGCAAAGAUCAGGGCUGUAGACGCUGACUCGGGAUACAAUGCGCUGCUUUCUUAUCACCUCUCUGAGCCCAAAGGAAACAACCUCUUCCGGAUCGGAACCAGCACCGGGGAAAUCAGGACUAAGAGGAGGAUGAGUGACAACGACCUGAAAACUCACCCCUUGGUGGUGCUGGUCUCUGAUAACGGAGAACCCUCCCUGUCAGCUACUGUGUCUAUUGAUGUCACGGUGGUUGAAAGCUCAGCUGACAUCCAGACUCAGUUCAGACAUGUACCCAUAAAGGAGGACAGCUUCUCGGAUCUAAACCUGUACCUGCUGAUUGCCAUCGUGUCGGUGUCAGUCAUCUUCCUACUGAGCCUCAUCAGUUUAAUAGCUGUGAAAUGUCACAGGACAGACGGCAGUUUCAGCAGGUACAGCGCCCCCAUGAUCACCACCCACCCUGACGGGAGCUGGUCUUACUCUAAAUCUACUCAGCAGUAUGACGUCUGCUUCAGCUCAGACACGCUCAAGAGUGACGUAGUGGUUUUCCCCGCACCGUUUCCACCUGUAGACGCUGAGCUGAUCAGUAUUAACGGAGGAGACACGUUUACUAGGACUCAGACUUUACCUAAUAACGAAAAGGUAAACGCCUGGAUUCAUAUUGUUGUACUGCUUCGUCUUUGUGACUGGGGCGCAUCACAAUUGUCUUACUCCAUUUCCGAGGAGGUGAACAAAGGCACAGUGGUGGGAAAUGUCGCCAAGGAUUUGAACUUGAAUGUACAAGAUCUAGAGUCCAGGGACCUACGUAUUGUUUCCAGUAACAGACGGAAAUAUGUUAACGUUAAUUUGCGAACCGGGAAUCUAUUUGUUGACGAGAGAAUUGACAGAGAGCAGCUUUGUCCCAAAGUGGAACAAUGCUCCCUAAGAAUACAAGCUCUUUUAAACAAUCCGAUGACGGCACAUCCUAUUGAGAUCAGUGUUUUAGAUAUAAAUGAUAACUCACCAAAAUUCACUGAACAGUAUUACUGGUUAAACAUCUCAGAGUCUGUGUCACCGGGAGAGCGAUAUUUACUCCCAGCAGCAGAAGAUGCGGACAUAGGCAGCAACACAGUAAAGAGCUACAAGCUGAGUCAAAAUGAACACUUCUCCCUUGAUGUGCAGAGCAGUGGGGAUCACGGUGUGUCUGCUGAGUUAGUGCUGCAGAAAGCUUUAGACAGAGAGAAACAGUCGGUAAUUAAACUAGUUCUUAUUGCUGUGGAUGGAGGUAAACCUGCUAGGUCUGGAACAAUUCAGAUAAAUGUAAAUGUCAUAGAUGCCAAUGACAACACACCAGUUUUUAGCAAAUCACUGUAUAAAGUGCGUGUGCAUGAAAAUGCUGCACCUGAAACAGUGAUAAUAAAAUUAAAUGCAACAGAUUUAGACGAGGACAUGAACAGUAAGAUCCUCUAUUCUUUUAUCAAACGAGGAAACAUUGAUCCAUCAGAUAUUUUUGAUCUAAAGUCAGAAACGGGAGAAAUCACUGUGAAGGGAACAUUAGAUUAUGAACAGGUGCCUGCCUAUGAGGUCAGAGUUCAAGCAACGGAUCAAGGCCAUUUUCCCCGCAGUGCACAUGCUAAACUGCUGAUAGAGAUAGUUGAUGUGAAUGACAACGCUCCAGAAAUAUCUGUGACGUCACUGAUGACACCUGUCAAAGAGGAUGCAGAACUAGGGACAAUAGUUGCUCUGGUUACAGUCAGUGAUAAAGAUGGAGGAAACAAUGGUGUAACGAACUGUAAAGUAGUUGGAUCUGCUCCGUUUAAACUAAAGUCCAACUACAAAAAUGACUAUUCAUUAGUAGUAGAUGGACCACUGGACAGAGAAAACACGUCUCUUUACAAUGUCACCGUUACAGCCACAGAUGAAGGAAGUCCGCCUCUGUCCACUAUGAAGGUCAUUACUGUUCAUGUAUCUGACGUCAAUGACAACGCACCUCGAUUUAUUGAGCCUGUGAUUAAUGUUUAUGUGAAAGAAAAUAGUCCAACAGGCUCCAUUAUUCAUACGAUAAAUGCCUUUGAUCCUGAUUUAGAUGCUAAUGCAAAGUUGACUUAUAGAUUGUUAGACAGUUCUACUAAAGAUAUUCCGAUUUCCUCAGUCCUGAACAUCAACUCAGAGACUGGAGACAUAGUCAGCCUACAGUCUUUUAACUAUGAACAGAUGAAAACCUUUCAGUUUAAAGUCCAGGCCACAGACUCUGGUGUUCCUCCGCUCAGCACCAAUGUCACUGUCAACGUUUUCAUCCUGGAUGACAAUGACAACAGUCCCUCGAUUCUCGCGCCCUAUUCUGAGCACGGCUCCGUUAACACUGAGAGCAUCCCCUAUUCUGCUGAAGCGGGAUACUUUGUGGCAAAGAUCAGGGCUGUAGACGCUGACUCGGGAUACAAUGCGCUGCUUUCUUAUCACCUCUCUGAGCCCAAAGGAAACAACCUCUUCCGGAUCGGAACCAGCACCGGGGAAAUCAGGACUAAGAGGAGGAUGAGUGACAACGACCUGAAAACUCACCCCUUGGUGGUGCUGGUCUCUGAUAACGGAGAACCCUCCCUGUCAGCUACUGUGUCUAUUGAUGUCACGGUGGUUGAAAGCUCAGCUGACAUCCAGACUCAGUUCAGACAUGUACCCAUAAAGGAGGACAGCUUCUCGGAUCUAAACCUGUACCUGCUGAUUGCCAUCGUGUCGGUGUCAGUCAUCUUCCUACUGAGCCUCAUCAGUUUAAUAGCUGUGAAAUGUCACAGGACAGACGGCAGUUUCAGCAGGUACAGCGCCCCCAUGAUCACCACCCACCCUGACGGGAGCUGGUCUUACUCUAAAUCUACUCAGCAGUAUGACGUCUGCUUCAGCUCAGACACGCUCAAGAGUGACGUAGUGGUUUUCCCCGCACCGUUUCCACCUGUAGACGCUGAGCUGAUCAGUAUUAACGGAGGGGACACGUUUACCAGGACUCAGACUUUACCCAAUAAAGAUAAGGUGAACAAAGGCACCGUUGUGGGGAAUAUCGCAAAGGAUUUAAACCUCAGUGUCCAAGAACUAGAGACCAGGGAUCUGCAAAUUGUUUCAAGUUACACUAAGAAAUAUUUUGACGUGAAUUUACGGACGGGGAACAUCUUUGCUGACGACAGGAUAGACAGAGAGGAGCUUUGUCCGAAUGUGGUAAAAUGUUCGUUAAAAAUACAAGCUGUAUUAAACAAUCCAAUGACUGCAUAUCGUAUAGAGGUUACUGUUUUAGAUAUAAACGAUAAUUCACCUGCGUUUGUUGAAAAAAAGCAUUAUCUGAAUAUUUCUGAAUCAUCCAUAACGGGAGAGCGACACUUUCUCCCAGUAGCAGAAGAUGCGGACAUAGGCAGCAACACAGUAAAGAGCUACAAGCUGAGUCAAAAUGAACACUUCUCCCUUGAUGUGCAGAGCAGUGGGGAUCACGGUGUGUCUGCUGAGUUGGUGCUGCAGAAAGCUUUAGACAGAGAGAAACAGUCAGUGAUCACACUUGUCUUGACCGCUGUAGAUGGAGGUAAACCACCCAGAUCAGGCUCCUUACAAAUAAUAGUUAAGGUGAUGGAUGUCAAUGACAAUAUACCCCAGUUUAGCAAAUCGCUUUAUAAAGUGCGUGUCAAAGAAAAUGCUACUCCUGGUACACUUAUAAUAAAAUUAAAUGCGACAGAUUUGGAUGAGGGCAUGAACAGUAAGAUCCUCUAUUCUUUUAUCAAACGGGGAAACAUUGAUCCAUCAGAUAUUUUUGAUCUAAAGUCAGAAACGGGAGAAAUCACUGUGAAGGGAACAUUAGAUUAUGAACAGGUGCCUGCCUAUGAGGUCAGAGUUCAAGCAACGGAUCAAGGCCAGUCACCUCGUAGUGCACAUGCUAAACUGCUGAUAGAGAUAAUUGAUGUGAAUGACAACGCUCCAGAAAUAUCUGUGACGUCACUGAUGACGCCUGUCAAAGAGGAUGCAGAACUAGGGACAAUAGUUGCUCUGGUUACAGUCAGUGAUAAAGAUGGAGGAAACAAUGGUGUAACGAACUGUAAAGUAGUUGGAUCUGCUCCGUUUAAACUAAAGUCCAACUACAAAAAUGACUAUUCAUUAGUAGUAGAUGGACCACUGGACAGAGAAAACACGUCUCUUUACAAUGUCACCGUUACAGCCACAGAUGAAGGAAGUCCGCCUCUGUCCACUAUGAAGGUCAUUACUGUUCAUGUAUCUGACGUCAAUGACAACGCACCUCGAUUUAUGGAGCAUGUGAUUAAUGUUUAUGUGAAAGAAAAUAGUCCAACAGGCUCCAUUAUUCAUACGAUAAAUGCCUUUGAUCCUGAUUUAGAUGCUAAUGCAAAGUUGACUUAUAGAUUGUUAGACAGUUCUACAAAAGAUAUUCCGAUUUCCUCAGUCCUGAACAUCAACUCAGAGACUGGAGACAUAGUCAGCCUACAGUCUUUUAACUAUGAACAGAUGAAAACCUUUCAGUUUAAAGUCCAGGCCACAGACUCUGGUGUUCCUCCGCUCAAUUUUGUUAAAACAGUUCAGAUGUAUGUGAAGCAAAAGGACGGAUACGCCUGGAUCCAUCUGGUCGCACUGCUUUGUCUUUGUGACUCGGCUGCAUCGCAGCUGUCUUAUUCCAUUUCCGAGGAGGUUAACAAAGGCUCCAUAGUGGGAAAUAUCGCAAAGGAUUUAAACCUCAGUGUACAGGAAGCAGAAGCCAGGGAUCUGCGUGUUGUUUCGACUUACAGUAAGAAAUAUUUGGACGUCAAUAUGCGAACCGGGAACCUCUUUGUUAACGAGAGAAUAGACAGAGAGGAGCUUUGUCCGCAUGUUGAAAAAUGCUCCAUUAAAGUACAAGCUGCUCUGAAUAAUCCAAUGCAUGUACAACGCAUCGAAGUCAACAUUCUUGAUAUAAAUGAUAACUCACCGUCCUUCCAUGAACAAUCGCAUACACUUGACAUCUUCGAAUCACUGUCAGUAGGAGAGCGAUAUUUACUCCCAGUAGCAGAAGAUGCGGACAUAGGCAGCAACACAGUAAGGAGCUACAAGCUGAGUCAAAAUGAACAUUUCUCGCUUGAUGUGCAGAGCGGUGGGGAUCACGGUGUGUCUGCUGAGUUGGUGCUGCAGAAAGCUUUAGACAGAGAGAAACAGUCGGUAAUUAAACUAGUUCUUACCGCUGUAGAUGGAGGUAAACCACCCAGAUCAGGGACGUUGCACUUAACUGUGAAUGUUAUAGAUGUCAAUGACAAUACACCAACCUUUACUAAGUCUCUUUAUAAAGUGCGUGUCAAAGAAAAUGCUACUCCUGGUACACUUAUAAUAAAAUUAAAUGCGACAGAUUUGGAUGAGGGCAUGAACAGUAAGAUCCUCUAUUCUUUUAUCAAAAGAGGAAACAUUGAUCCAUCAGAUAUUUUUGAUCUAAAGUCAGAAACGGGAGAAAUCACUGUGAAGGGAACAUUAGAUUAUGAAGAGACGCCUGCCUAUGAGGUCAGAGUUCAAGCAACGGAUCAAGGCCAUGUUCCCCGUAGUGCACAUGCUAAACUGCUGAUAGAGAUAGUUGAUGUGAAUGACAACGCUCCAGAAAUAUCUGUGACGUCACUGAUGACACCUGUCAAAGAGGAUGCAGAACUAGGGACAAUAGUUGCUCUGGUUACAGUCAGUGAUAAAGAUGGAGGAAACAAUGGUGUAACGAACUGUAAAGUAGUUGGAUCUGCUCCGUUUAAACUAAAGUCCAACUACAAAAAUGACUAUUCAUUAGUAGUAGAUGGACCACUGGACAGAGAAAACACGUCUCUUUACAAUGUCACCGUUACAGCCACAGAUGAAGGAAGUCCGCCUCUGUCCACUAUGAAGGUCAUUACUGUUCAUGUAUCUGACGUCAAUGACAACGCACCUCGAUUUAUGGAGCAUGUGAUUAAUGUUUAUGUGAAAGAAAAUAGUCCAACAGGCUCCAUUAUUCAUACGAUAAAUGCCUUUGAUCCUGAUUUAGAUGCUAAUGCAAAGUUGACUUAUAGAUUGUUAGACAGUUCUACUAAAGAUAUUCCGAUUUCCUCAGUCCUUAACAUCAACUCAGAGACAGGAGACAUAGUCAGCCUGCAGUCUUUUAACUAUGAGCAGAUGAAAACCUUUCAGUUUAAAGUCCAGGCCACAGACUCUGGUGUUCCUCCGCUCAGCACCAACGUGACUGUCAACGUUUUCAUCCUGGAUGACAAUGACAACAGUCCCUCGAUUCUCGCGCCCUAUUCUGAGCACGGCUCCGUUAACACUGAGAGCAUCCCCUAUUCUGCUGAAGCGGGAUACUUUGUGGCAAAGAUCAGGGCUGUAGACGCUGACUCGGGAUACAAUGCGCUGCUUUCUUAUCACCUCUCUGAGCCCAAAGGAAACAACCUCUUCCGGAUCGGAACCAGCACCGGGGAAAUCAGGACUAAGAGGAGGAUGAGUGACAACGACCUGAAAACUCACCCCUUGGUGGUGCUGGUCUCUGAUAACGGAGAACCCUCCCUGUCAGCUACUGUGUCUAUUGAUGUCACGGUGGUUGAAAGCUCAGCUGACAUCCAGACUCAGUUCAGACAUGUACCCAUAAAGGAGGACAGCUUCUCGGAUCUAAACCUGUACCUGCUGAUUGCCAUCGUGUCGGUGUCAGUCAUCUUCCUACUGAGCCUCAUCAGUUUAAUAGCGAAGCGUCAGCAGGCUGCGAGUGCUUUGUGA